CCCUCCCUCUCUCCCUCUUGCCUCCCCGAUUUUAUUUGCAUCCAGAGCAUGGCGGGCUGCGGGCUGUCGGAAGACACCUUCUCUUCCUUCUUUUACAACUACGGCUCUUCCUCGUGGGAAACCCCUUCCAGCCAGGUUUUUUGCGAAAAUCAGUGAACUUAUAUUGGUAAAAUUGGAGCCCCAUGGAUGAAGGGUACUUUUGUGCUGCUCUGGUUGGUGAAGACCAGCCUCUUUGCCCAGAUCUUCCUGAACUUGACCUUUCUGAACUAGACGUGAACGACUUGGAUACAGACAGCUUUCUGGGUGGACUCAAGUGGUGCAGUGACCAAUCAGAAAUCAUAUCCAAUCAGUACAACAAUGAGCCUUCAAACAUAUUUGAGAAGAUAGAUGAAGAGAAUGAGGCAAACUUGCUAGCAGUUCUCACAGAGACCCUGGACAGUCUCCCUGUGGAUGAAGACGGAUUACCCUCAUUCGAUGCACUGACAGAUGGAGAUGUGAACACGGAGAAUGAAACUAGCCCUUCCUCCAUGCCUGACGGCACCCCUCCGCCUCAGGAGGCAGAAGAGCCGUCUCUACUUAAGAAGUUAUUACUGGCACCAGCCAACACUCAGCUAAGUUAUAAUGAAUGCAGUGGUCUCAGCACACAGAACCAUGCAAACCAUAAUCACAGGAUCAGAACAAACCCUGCAGUCGUUAAGACCGAGAAUUCAUGGAGCAAUAAAGCAAAGAGCAUUUGUCAACCUCAAAAGCCACAAAGACGUCCCUGCUCAGAGCUUCUCAAGUAUCUGACCACAAACGAUGACCCUCCUCACAGCAAACCCACAGAGAACAGAAACAGCAGCAGAGACAAAAGCACCUUUAAAAAGAAGUCUCACACACAAUCGCAGGCGCAGCAUUUACAAGCCAAACCAACAACUUUAUCUCUUCCUCUGACCCCAGAGUCACCAAACAACUCCAUUUCAGUUUAUUUUUAUAAAUGUGCCAUAUCUUCCAGUGACCCCAAGGGUUCCCCAUUUGAAAACAAGACUAUUGAACGAACCUUAAGUGUGGAACUCUCUGGAACUGCAGGCCUAACUCCACCCACCACUCCUCCGCAUAAAGCCAACCAAGAUAACCCUUUUAGGGUUUCUCCCAAGCUGAAGUCCUCCUGCAAGACUGGGGUACCACCACCAUCCAAGAAGCCCCGUUACAGUGAGUCUUCAGGUACUCAAGGCAAUAACUCCACCAAAAAAGGGCCCCAACAGUCUGAGUUGUAUGCACAGCUCAGCAAGACCUCAGUAGUCACCAGUGGACACGAGGAGAGGAAGGCCAAGCGGCCCAGUCUGCGGCUAUUCGGUGACCAUGACUAUUGUCAAUCAGUGAAUUCCAAAACGGAAAUACUCAUUAAUAUUUCACAGGAGCUCCAAGACUCCGGACAACUAGACUACAAAGAUGCCUCUUCCUCCAAUUGGCCGGGCCAGAUUUGUUCUUCCACAGAUUCAGACCAGUGCUACCUGAGAGAGACUUUGGAGGCAAGUAAGCACACCUCUCCUUGCAGCGCCCGAAAACAGCUCCAAGACCAGGAAAUCCGAGCCGAGCUGAACAAGCACUUCGGUCAUCCCAGUCAGGCUGUUUUUGACGACGAAGCAGACAAGACCAGUGAACUGAGGGACAGUGAUUUCAGUAAUGAACAAUUCUCCAAACUACCUAUGUUUAUCAAUUCAGGACUAGCUAUGGAUGGCCUGUUUGAUGACAGCGAAGAUGAAAGUGACAAACUGAGCUACCCUUGGGAUGGCACGCAGUCCUAUUCAUUGUUUGAUGUGUCACCUACUUGCUCUUCUUUGAACUCUCCGUGUAGAGACUCUGUGUCACCACCCAAAUCCUUAUUUUCUCAAAGACCCCAAAGGAUGCGCUCUCGUUCAAGGUCCUUUUCUCGACACAGGUCGUGUUCCCGAUCACCCUAUUCCAGGUCAAGAUCACGGUCCCCAGGAAGUAGAUCGUCUUCAAGAUCUUGCUACUACUAUGAGUCAAGCCACUGCAGACACCGUGCACACCGAAAUUCUCCUUUGUGUGCAAGAUCACGUUCAAGAUCACCCUACAGCCGCAGGCCCAGGUAUGACAGCUACGAGGAAUAUCAGCAUGAGAGGCUGAAGAGAGAAGAAUACCGCAAGGAGUAUGAGAAGCGGGAAUCUGAGAGGGCCAAGCAGAGGGAGAGGCAGAGACAGAAGGCAAUUGAAGAACGCCGCGUGAUUUAUGUUGGAAAAAUCAGACCUGACACAACACGGACAGAACUGAGGGACCGUUUUGAAGUUUUUGGUGAAAUUGAGGAGUGCACAGUAAAUCUGCGGGAUGAUGGAGACAGCUAUGGUUUCAUUACCUACCGUUAUACCUGUGAUGCUUUUGCUGCUCUUGAAAAUGGAUAUACUUUGCGCAGGUCAAAUGAAACUGACUUCGAGCUGUACUUUUGUGGACGCAAGCAAUUUUUCAAGUCUAACUAUGCAGACCUAGAUUCAAACACAGAAGACUUUGACCCUGCUUCCACCAAGAGCAAGUAUGACUCUCUGGAUUUUGACAGUUUACUGAAAGAAGCUCAGAGAAGCUUGCGCAGGUAACAUGUUCCCUGGCUGAGGAUGACAGAGGGACAGUGAAUACCUCACAGGACAGCGCGUCCUUCCUUACCAGACUAUUGCAAGUCAUACUUAGGAAUUCUCCUACUUUACACUCUGUACUAAACAGCAACAACACAAAACAAGAACCAUACAGCAAGAACAACAAUAACAACAACAACAACUAAAACAGCAACAAUGGUUUACAUGAACACAGCUGCUGAAGAGGCAAGAGACAGAAUGGAUAUCCAGUAAGCACAUGUCUAUUCAUGGGUGUCAGCUUUGCUUUCCCUGGAGUCUCCUAGAGAUGGUGUGGGGUUGUGUGUGCGUGUGUGUUCAUGAAUGCGCGUGUAUGCAUGUGUGUUGGGGGGGGAAGUAUGUGUGUACAGGUAGGGACUGGGGCACCUGAUGAGAGUGUGCGAGAGCAAACCACUUCGAAUGGCAGCAGUUCCAUGAAGACACACUUCAAACCUAGAACUUCAAAAUGUUCGUAUUCUAUUCAAAAGGAAAAAAAAAAAUAACAUGUUCAUUCAAAAGGAAAGAAAACUAACCAACCAACCACAAACCACCCUGAAAUGACAGCGCUGAUGUUUGGGCAUCAGCUUCCGUACUCUGUUUUCUAAGAAAGUGCAAAAUCAACUCGAAGCAAGCUUUCUCUCAUAACCUAAUAAUUAUAUGACAAUCCCGAAGAAACCACAGAUUCUGUAGGACUAAUAUUCUUUCUUUUUCCCCUCUCUCUCUCUCCUUUUUUCUUUUCCAUCUUUCCUUUUGCCAUGGAGUCUGGGUGGGAGAAGAUACUGCGGGCACUGGAAUGCUAAACUUUCCUAACAUUUUGAAGUUUCUGUAAUUUGUCUUUUAUCCUGAUAUCUAUGUCCAUGUCCAAAAUGUUGAUCUUCCACUGCAGAUUUCAGAAGCCUUGUCAAUGGUCAAGCCUGCUGCUUUUUCAGUGUUUUCUUCAGAGGAGCGGGCGUGUGGUGUUACAUUACUAAGGAGAGUUGUGUGGAACUCUCCGGGGUGUGUUCAGAUAGUGUAACAGCUACAUUCUCUGAUGUAGUUAAGUAUUUACAGAUGUUAAAUGGAGUAUUUUUAUUUUGUGUAUAUACUAUACAACAAUGUUCUUUUUUGUUACAGCUAUGCACUGUAAAUGCAGCCUUCUUUUCCAAACUGCUAAAUUUUUCUUAAUCAAGAAUAUUCAAAUGUAAUUAUGAGGUGAAACAAUUAUUGUACACUAACAUAUUUAGAAGCUGAACUUACUGCUUAUAUAUAUUUGAUUGUAAAAAAAAAAAGACAGCGUGUAUAUCUGUUGAGUACAACCACAACAAAAUGAUGCUUUAUGCCCACCAUCCCUUCUUAGGCAAGCUUCAAUCAAAGCAUCUUGUCAAAAGAUAUCCUAGCCCCCUCAAGGUAAUAACCACUUCUGCGAUAUUUUUCCACAUUUUCUUGUUGCUUGUUUUUCUUUGAAGUUUUAUACACUGGAUUUGUUAGGGGAAUGAAAUUUUCUCAUCUAAAAUUUUUCUAGACGAUAUCAUGAUUUUAUGUAAAGUCUCAAUGGGUAACCAUUAAGAAAUGUUUUUAUUUUCUCUAUCAACGGUAGUUUUGAAACUAGAGGUCAAAAACCUUUUUAAAAUGCUGUUUUGUUUUAAUUUUUUGUGAUUUUAAUUUGAUACAAAAUGCUGAGGUAAUAAUUACAGUAUGAUUUUUACAAUACUCAAUGUGUGUCUGAAGACUAUCUUUGAAGCCAGUAUCUCUUUCCCUUGGCAGAGUAUGAUGAUGGUAUUUAUCUGUAUUUUUUACAGUUAUGCAUCCUGUAUAAAUACUGAUAUUUCAUUCCUUUGUUUACUAAAGAGACAUAUUUAUCAGUUGCAGAUAGCCUAUUUAUUAUAAAUUAUGAGAUGAUGAAAAUAAAUAAAGCCAGUGGAAAUUUUCUACCGAGGAUGCAUGGCAAUUGUCAGGUUGGAGUUGUUUCAUUUGGGAAAUUCAGCUUUUGCAGAAGCAGUGUUUCUAUUUGCACUAAGCAUGGCCUCUGAUAUGACCAUGAUGUUGUUCUUGAUGACAUUGCUCCUGCUAAAUUCAAUAAAAACAAACUUCCGAAAAACCUCCAUUCUGAGCAUCAGGAUUUCAUCUGAGUGUGGAGCCCCUGGACUGGAAGUCAGUCAUAUUUGAAGUGUGUAUUCAAGUUUCUAAAUUGAGAUCCGAUUACGGUUUGGCCAGCGUGACUUUUCUGGAAGACAUAAUAUACCUACUACGUAGUUGUUCUUUUCCUUUCUCUCACCCAACAUGCUCUUAUGAAAUGGAUUUCACCCCCAGGCCGAUGCAGCUCAUUUUAAUAGCUGCAUUCAUUUAUCACCAGCAUAUUGUGUUCUGAGUGAAUCCACUAUCUGUCCUGUCGGAUGCUUGCUUGAUUUUUUGGCUUCUUAUUUCUAAGUAGAUAGAAAGCAAUAAAAAAAUACUAUGAAAUAAAAGAACUUGUUCACAGGUUCUGCGUUACGACCGACCGUAACACAUCUUGAAUCCGCCUAAUUCUUGUUGUUCUGUAGGUUAAAUGCAGGUAUUUUAACUGUGUGAACGCCAAACUAAAGUUUACAGUCUUUCUUUCUGAAUUUUGAGUAUCUUCUGUUGUAGAAUAAUAAUAAAAAGACUAUUAAGAGCAAUAAAUUAUUUUUAAGAAAUCAAUAUUUAGUAAAUCAUAUUAUGUGUUCAAGGACCAGAUGUGUUCUCUAUUUUGCCUUUAAAUUUUUUGUGAUCCAAUUUUAAAGACAUUCUCCUUUUUGCCCUGGUUGGUUGACAUGAGUAAACUACAUGGGUUUCUUUUCUUACUUAUCAAAAAGAUAGCACUGCAGAUAUCAUGUUGAGGAUUCAUUUAUUCUCCCCAUCCUAUCCCCCCAAACCCAGCCUGACAAAAAUUCUUACCGUGAAGAUAAUUUUCCUCCAUGGACUUCAAGUUGCUUUAAAAUCAGAGUACAGAGAGAACCACUAAACCAUCCCAACAGCUUUUGUAUCUUAUGCAGACACUGUAGGUAGCUCAUCAAAAUGUAAAUCGUGUUUCCUUCAUUUUUAUUUUAAGUUUUUUGGAGAGGAUACUUUAAAUUAACACAUUCAUCCCAUCAUCACUGGAGGUAAAUUUCAGCAUAGACCUGUAGGAAUUUUAGACGACCAUGGGCCAUUGCCUUCAUGCUGUGGUAAGUACCACAUCUACAAUUUUGGUAAUUGAACUGGUGCUUUAGAAGUUUGUAUGUCUUCACGCAUGUCUGUGCGUGCGUGCGCAUGUGUCUCUGUGUGUGUGUGUGCAUUUUAAAGAAAGAUAGCAGAAUAAUGCUUCCAGUGCAACAAAAAUUGAUUUUUGCUAAAUGACUCCAAGAACAACAGUUGGGCUGUCAACAUUCAAAGCAGCGGAGAGGGAAGUUUGCAUUCUCGGGGUAAGACGGUUGGGUCAAUUGAAAAAAGGAAACCUUUUCAUGCCUUUAGAUGUGAGCUUACAGUAGGUAAUGAUUAUGUGUCCUUUUUUGAUGGCUGUAUCGAGAACUUCAAUCACUGUAGUCUAAGACCUGAUCUAUAGAUGACCUAGAAUAGCCAUGUAAUAUAAUGUGAUGAUUCUAAAUUUGUACCUAUGUGACAGACAUUUUCAAUAAUGUGAACUGCUGAUUUGAUGAAGCUACUUUAAGAUUUGUAGGUAAAAGUGUAAUAACUGUUGGUUGAACUAUGCUGAAGAGGGAAAGUGAGAGAUUAGUUGGGCCCUUCCUGGGCCUCCCCCCCACCUGCCAAUUCUACAUGUAUUGUUGUGGUUUUAUUCAUUGUAUGAAAUUUCCUGUGAUUUUUUUUAAUGUGCAGUACACAUCAGCCUCACUGAGCUAAUAAAGGGAAACGAAUGUUUCAAAUCUA